AUGGCAAACCAAAAUUCAAAUCAAAACCUCAACGAAAACCAAAACCAAAAUCCGAACCAAUUCCAAUACCGAGGAAACUUCAAUCCCGCUCAAAAUGUCCAACCUAUACCUCAAGAGCAACCGGGUGGUAAUAACAAAUCUAGACCACCCACACCACCUUUCCAAAACCAAAACACCAACAAUACCCAAAGAACACCCCAACAAAAAAACCUUCACCGACAUAACUCCUUACCCAAUAACCUUGAUGAUCGGAAUGUUAAUUCCAACCGUAGAGGUAACCGAGAUCGUGGCAAUCCUGAGAAUGAAGAUCCAUUCUUUAAUAUCGAUGACUUGAGAAAUGCUAUCCCGGAUGAUGCACCGUUUAGUGUUCCCGGAUACCAAUCGUCAGAACAUGUGAGUAUUCACUCGGAAUACUCGAAUGACGGGGGUAAUUAUAAUGAACCGGUAGAUGAUGACGAAUGGGGUUAUGAGAAUCGGGACAACAUCUACAAUGAUAGAGGUUUUGAAGAUGACGAGUUUGGCUACCAAAAUGCCAACUUUGUGGGGAAUGAUAACUAUGGGUACGGGAAUGUGAGAAAUGACGGUUACGAAAACAACCGUCAACCACGAAACAAUAUUCAAAGGAACCAGAAUGAUGGGUUUUACAGCAACAAUAACAACAACAAUGUUAACCCUAACCGGAUUCCUCAUUUCGUGGGAGGAGGUAAUCAAAGAGGUAAUCAAGGUGGAAACCGAAGAGGUGAUAGGGGAGGUGAUAGAAGGGAUAAUCGAAGGCCGGUGGAUCAAGAAGUUAACGGUCCGUAUCGUCGUCAACAACCUCCACGGGGAGUAAAUGACCGUUUUAGGCCGGUGUCACCGACAAUGACUCUCUAA